AUGUUUGAAAUCAAAGAGGUCAGGGGAUUGUUUUUGCAGAAACCAGGUGACAUUGGAAAACUUGUGAAUCACAUCGACAAGUUGAACCUCGAUGUACUUUUCAUCGAUUGUGGGAAAUGGAUUGAUUUCAAGAAAAGUCUCACUUUCCUCUUGAGUCACCAAUUUUCCAAUCCCAAUUGUGUCGUCGGUUUGUACGGCGAGAAACCGAAAGAAUUCGGGUAUGCCCCAAAUUUGAGACAGAUCAAGAAAAUCUUCAUGAAACAAAAUGGAAUCCGCGUUUUGGAGAACGACUACGAGACCGAGGAUAAAAUGGUGGGAUUUGAGUGUUUCCUCAAAACUAUGAAUGCCACUUUGAAGAGUAAAUUUGAAAUUUACGAUUUU